AUGAAGGUCGGCAUUGCAGGUAUCACGGGCAAAUUUGCCCGCCGCCUUCUCACCCACCUCCUCGAUGUUGGUGACGACUCCCUGACUAUUAAAGGGUUCUGUCGCAACCCUUCAAAACUCCCCGAGUCCGUGAAAUUGUCCCCCAAGCUGGAGAUAAUUGAAGGUACGGCGUUUGAUCAGGACGCCAUUGCCACGUUCGUCCAAGGCUGCGAUGUCGUCGUAUGCUGCUACCUGGGCGAUGACAAGCUCAUGGUGGAUGGCCAGAAGCUUCUCAUCGAUGCUUGUGAAUCGGCUAAUGUUCCACGCUAUGUGGCCAGCGACUGGGCGUUGGAUUACACCAAGUUGAAGGUGGGCGAGUUGUUCCCCAAGGAUCCCAUGAUCCACGUCAAGAACUACCUCGAUACGAAGAAGGUUGCGGGAGUGCAUAUCCUCAUCGGUGGCUUCAUGGAGCCCAUCUUCAGUCCCUUCUUCAACAUUGUGGAUGUUCAGACCAACACCUUCCGGUACUGGGGUGAUGGGAAUGAGGUCAUGGAGGGAACGACCUACGACGAUGCGGCCAAGUACACGGCAAAGGUGGUCUUGGAUUCGGAAGCAAAGGGUGUGCUGAAGUUUGUCGGAGGCCGUGCUACGAUCCAGGAGAUUGCCAAGUCGUAUGAAAAGGUCUACGGCACUCCUGUUACACUGGAAAACCGCGGAUCCCUCGAGGACCUGUACAAGACCAUGCAUGAUAAGCGGACGAAGAGCCCUCAGGACAUUUACAGCUAUAUGUCUUUGUUCUUCUACUACUACUGGGUCAAUGGACAGACCUUUGUUGGGCCCGAGCUGGACAAUGCCCGUUACCCGGAUGUCAAGGCAGUAGAUUGGGAGGGGUUCAUGAGGAGCUGGUCCCAGGAGCAGAUUGGGACAUCUUACUUUGCUCUGAACAUGUAA